AUGGAUAUUUUUGCACAAGAAGAUAUGAAUAGAUUAACACUUUUCAAAUACUUUAGCACUUACAAUAAAGCCUACUAAGCAUAUUAAGCUUAGCCUGCAGCUAAUAAGAAAGUAGCUAGUUAUCUUGUUUAGGAUAAAUCAAAACCUUAAGUUGAAGAAACUGACGUCGAACUAGAUGAAGCUAUUAAAUAAAAAAGAAACUACGAGGCUAUGCUUAAAGCUUAUGAGCCUAAGUCCGUAGAAUAACAUUGGAUGAGAUUUUGGGAGUCUAAAAAAUACUUCCAUGCUAAUCCUUAAAAUGUAUUGAAUGGAUCAAAAAAACCUUACGUUAUGGUUAUCCCUCCUCCUAAUGUUACUGGUUAUUUACAUAUUGGUCAUGGUUUGACUACUGCUGUUGAAGAUUCUAUCAUCAGAAGAAAGAGAAUGUUAGGUUUUGAAACUUUAUACUUACCUGGUGUUGAUCAUGCAGGUAUUGCCACACAUUCAGUAGUUGAAAAGAAACUCUUAAAAGAAGAAAAUAAGACUAGAUUCUAAAUUGGUCGUGAAGCUUUCGUUUCAAAGGUUUGGGAAUGGAAGGAAAAGCAUGGUAACUAAAUUACAAAGUAAUUAAGAAGAGUAGGUGGUAGUUUAGAUUGGGAUAGAUUCCACUUCACCAUGGAUGAUCAACUUAGUUUAGCAGUUAAGGAAGCUUUUUGCAUCUUAUUUGAAAAGGGUUUAAUCUACAGAAGUAACAGAUUAGUUAACUGGAGUUGUGCUCUUAAAACAGCUAUCAGUGAUGUUGAAGUCAAUCAUGAAAGAAUUGAAGAACCCAUUACCAGAACCAUUACUGGCCAUGAUGGAAAAUACGAAUUUGGUGUUCUCAUUCACUUCUCAUAUAAGUUAAAAGAAGAUCCUUCUAAGGAAAUCAUCGUUGCUACCACCCGUAUUGAAACAAUGUUGGGUGAUGUUGCUGUUGCUGUCCAUCCCAAGGAUCCUAGAUACAAAGAUAUCAUUGGAAAGGAGCUCAUCCAUCCUUUCAUCCCUGACAGAAAGAUGAUUGUCAUUGCUGAUGAAGAAUUGGUUGAUAUGAAUUUCGGUACAGGUGCUGUCAAGAUUACUCCUGCUCAUGAUCCUAACGAUUACAGAUGUGGUUUACGUCACAAUUUACCUUAAAUUAACAUUUUAGACGAUAAUGGUUUGAUUAACGAAAAUGGUGGACCCUACAAAGGAUUAAAGAGAUUCGACUGCAGAAAUAAAAUUAUUGAAGAUUUGAAGACUAUCGGAUCUUUCAAGGAUAAGACCAAGAAUCCUAUGUCUAUCGGUUUUUGCUCUCGUUCCGGAGAUGUUAUCGAACCUAUGCUUAGACCUCAAUGGUACAUAAGCUGCACUGAAAUUUCAAAGGAAAUGUGCCGUAUUGUUGAAUAAGGAGAAUUAAAAAUACAUCCUCAAGGUGAAUUCGAAAGUAAUUGGUUCUAAUUUAUGAGAAAUCCUCAAGAUUGGUGUAUUUCUCGUUAACUCUGGUGGGGUCACAGAAUUCCUGCUUAUUAAUACAGAGUGAAAGGAACUUCUACAUCUAGCGAUGGUACUGUUACUACUAACUGGGUAGUAGGAAGAACUGAGGAUGAAGCUUUAGAACGUGCUGCUAAAAAUUUAGGAGUUAGUAAAGAUUAAAUUGAGUUAAUUUAAGAUGAAGAUGUACUUGAUACUUGGUUCUCAAGUGCUCUUUUCCCUUUCUCUACUAUGGGAUGGCCUAAUUAAACUGAUGAUUUGUAAGCAUUUUAUCCUAACUCUAUCCUUGAAACAGGUUGGGACAUUCUUUUCUUCUGGGUAGCUCGUAUGGUUAUGAUGGGUCUCCUAUUACUUAAUAAGCUUCCUUUCAAGGAUGUCUUCCUUCAUCCUAUGAUUAGAGACUCUCAAGGUGAAAAGAUGUCUAAAUCAAAGGGUAAUGUCAUUGACCCUCUAGAAAUUAUUGAUGGUUGCAAUCUUCAAACUUUGAUUCAAAAGAUUUAGGAAGGCAAUUUGGACAAGAAAGAAAUGAACAGAGCUGUCUAACUAAAGUCAAAGGAAUACCCUGAAGGUUUCCCUGAAUGUGGAAGUGAUGCAUUACGUUAUGGUUUAUUGGCAUACAUGCAACAACCUAGAUCCAUCAAUCUUGAUAUCAAAUAAAUUAUUGGAUAUAGAGAAUUCUGCAACAAGAUUUGGUAGAGUGCCAAGUUUGGUCUUAUGUAUAUUCCCAGAGACUUCAAGUAUAAUAGAUCAUUCGAAUAUGAUUAACUCCUCUUCAUCAAUAAGUGGAUUCUUUCAAGAUUUAACAAAGCUGUUAAAGACGUUAACCAAUAUUUUGAUAAUUAUGACUUUGGUAAUGUUACUAUUGCCUUCUAGAAUUUCUGGAGAGACAAUCUUUGUGAUAUCUAUCUUGAAGCCAUUAAGCCUAUUAUUUAUGGAACAGAUGAAGCUUAAAAGAACCAAACUAUCAAUACUUUAUUCUUCGUUCUUGAAUCUGGUUUAAGAUUACUCCAUCCCAUGAUGCCUUUCUUGAGUGAAGAACUUUAUCAAAAGUUCCCUGCUUUCCAAGAAAAAGGUGAAUCUAUUUGCAUCAACGCCUAUCCAGUUGAAAAUCCUACCUUCGACAAUCAAUCUCUUGAAGCUGACUUCAACAUUAUUAAUUCUAUUGCUAAAACAAUUCGUUCUCUUAUUGCUAACGUUAAUCUUCCUAAAAAUGUUAGUCCUUAAUGUUAUGCUGUUUUACUUGGAGAUAACACUGCUCACCUUUCUAAUUUAAUUACUUCAUAAGCUAAGCUUAUCAGCACUCUUGCAAAAACCUCAUCUAUUGAAAUUAAGUAAAACGAAGCUAGCGUUCCUGCUGGUUGCAUUCCAAAUGCAGUUGGAGGUCAUCUUAUUGCAUACGUUAAUGUGAAAGAAUAUAUCGAUGUUAUCACUGAAAUAACAAGAUAAGAUAAGAAGUUAGCUGAAGCUUAAAAGUCUCUUGAUGAUGCUAUUAAGAAAACCAAAAUUCCUAACUAUGAAACAAAAGUUCCUGAAAAUAUUAAGCAGGCAAACAAAGAAAAAAUCGAUACCAUUACUUAGAACGUUAAACUUUUACAAGAUAUUAUUAAAAUUUUAAAGAGCUUUUGA